AGAAGGAGGCAGCAGUACUCUGAAAUGUACCUCGGCUGCCCGAAAAAGAGAGAAGAAGAUUUACCGGAAGACCUGCUUGUUUACAGGGAACUUGAGGAGGAAAUGGGGGAAAAUGAAGACUUGGCCAAAACGAACCGCAGCAGAACGCUGCUUGUCCGCCACUUACCAGCUGAGCUCAAUCAGGAUGAGAAGGAGGAGCUCCUGAAGUAUUUUGGUGCCGAGUCAGUUAGAGUCUUUUCGACCCGGGGACGUUUGAAACAUGCAGCCUUUGCGACAUUUAAAAGCGAGAAGAUGGCAGCAAAAGCUCUCAGUAGGCUCCAUCAGUUACAGAUUCUGAAUCAGACCCUUAUUGUGGAAUUUGCGUCAGGCCAAGACAAUUUCACAGUUUUAAAGGACCCCCCAGUGUCUGAUGGUCAUGUCAAAGACAAGCAGAAGACACAGCAGAGCAAACAACCAAAUAUCCCUCUCAUAGAGACUGGUGUUUGUCCUAGCCUCGGGAUGAAAUUUCAUUCAAAUCCCACGCUGAAAUAUUUAUACCCACCGCCCUCCAACAGCAUCCUCACAAAUAUAACACAUGCCCUCAUUGCUGUGCCAAAGUUUUAUGUCCAAGUGCUUCAUCUGAUGAACAAGAUGAAUUUACCGUGUCCGUUUGGUCCCGUCACAGCAAGACCGCCCAUGUUUGAGCUCCUGCGUCCUGCUCCACCCAUCCCCAUGCCUCCCCCUCUCCCCCCUCACUAUCCCCCUUUACCAGAGGAGGAGCUGGAGCGAUCUGGCGAGGAAGAGUCGGAAUAUGAGAGUGGGGAUGAUGAAGAUAAAGAGAGGAUUGUUCGUUUGAUGGGCCUGGUCAACCAAGCAUGCAAAAGACCCCUGAGACCCAAAACAGCUUCAAAGAGAAAGAAGCCCAAGAUCAAGGAUCUGCUCUACACUCCAAAGCCAGGCUCUCAGAGUGCUCCGGUUCUGCAGCCUUCCGAUGUGUUUGAGAACCCGAACCCUGCGGGUCUGAAAAAAAUAGAGUUUCACAUCUCGUCAGAGGUGGCAGCUGUUGUGGAAGGAAGCCAGCCUGAUGUGGAUGGCAAAGAUGAGAGCGAGAGCGCCUCCGGCAGCAGCAACCAGGAGAUGGCAGUUGCUGAAGGUUUUGGGAAGCUCUAUCCCAGCGCUCAAUCGAACCAGCAGCAAGACGAGCACAGCGACGACGAACAGGACCUCAUGUCAGAUGUCAUCUCCAGGAAGGAGCUGGAGAAAGGCCGGCUGUCGAAAGACGAGAUAAAAAGGAUGUCUGUUUUUAAAAACUAUGAAGCUGGUGAGCCGACCUGCAGACUGUACGUGAAAAACAUCGCAAAGCCGGUGGAGGAGAAGGACCUGAGGUACAUCUAUGGGAGAUACAUUGACCUGUCAUCAGAGGCUGAGAGAAACAUGUUUGACAUUGUGUUAAUGAAGGAGGGGCGGAUGAAAGGCCAAGCCUUCAUAGGACUCCCAAACGAGCGGAUCGCAGAAAAAGCCCUGCGGGAAACCAACGGCUUCGUUCUCAACGACAAACCUCUCGUCGUCCAAUUCGCAAGAUCUGCAAGACCGAAACAAGACAGCGCAGACAGCAAGAAGGGCCCAAAGCAGCGGUGAAACCAGCAGAUACCAAGGCUUGAUAUUGUGGCUCUGGAGAACCAUUUGUAUCCUUACUUUGACAUAUCCUUUGGAGGAGCAACACCCCUAUAGAAAAUGGACACAGUUUAAUUAUAGUCACUGCUGUACAGACAGAGCUGGAAACUGUCUUGUAGUUUACAUUUAAAGGAACUGAGCAUUGUUCUUUCUGUAGCCUAUUUAUUUAUUUUCUUUCCACUGUUUUAUGUUAUUUUUUUUAUUACUUACUGGUUGUUUUCCUCCUUUGACUGAAUAGGUGCUGGUCAUCGGAGACUCUCUUCCUCUUUUUUUUUUUACAUUAUUAAAUAAAAUAUUUUCCUCA